GAGCGCGGGAGACAGCGUGUAUGAGACACAGUUCUUCCUGAGGACCAGCGCGUCAGACAGGACGUUGUGAUCGGACCGUCGGCGAGACCGGAGAUCAGGUUCUUUUGAGAAGCUCACUCCAAGCCAGAAUCUAAAUAUCCCAUGAGGAGACGAUGUGGCUGCCUAAUGAGAGUCAGUACUGCAAACCUCCUGCAAAUCAGAUCAUAUGGCAGAUGUGUUAAUGCCCAUGGCAUGCCCACGGCAGUGACUGUACAGAACCAGUGCCUACUUCUUCCUGCCUGCUUUAAGGACUAGUGACUAUCUACUUCGUUUUUCCACUAUUACUCCUCGUCAUGACGACCACGUCAUAUUCUCCCAACAUUGCACGCCUGCUCUUUUCUUCCCUCCUUCUACUGUUCUCAGCACCAGACCUUGUCCGUGGUGACUGCUGGCUCAUCGAGGGCGAUAAGGGCUAUGUAUGGCUGGCCAUCUGCAGUCAGAACCAGCCGCCGUAUGAGACUAUCCCGCAGCACAUCAACAACACCGUGCAUGAUCUCCGGCUCAAUGAGAACAAGCUCAAGGCGGUAUUCUUCUCCUCACUGAGUCGCUUUACAAAUCUGACAGACCUCAACCUGACCAAGAACGAGAUCUCCUACAUUGAAGACGGGGCCUUCGCUGGCCAGGCUAACCUCCAGGUGCUGCAGCUGGGCUACAACAAACUGACCAACCUGACGGAGGGCAUGCUGCGAGGCCUGGGACGCAUCCAGUGCCUCUUCCUGCAGCACAAUCUCAUUGAGGUCAUUGCCACGAAUGCAUUCUGGGAAUGCCCAAGCCUCAGCAGUCUGGACCUGUCCUCUAACAAGCUGGCUCGAUUAGACUCAUCCACAUUCAGAGUGCUGGGAAGGCUGAUGGUGUGUGAACUGGCAGGGAACCCUUUUCACUGUGGCUGUGAUCUCUACAGCUUCCUUGUUUGGUUGGAGGCUUUUAACAAUGUCACACACACCUAUGAUCGACUCCAGUGCGAGACCCCACGGGAGCUUUUUGGCUACCCAUUGCUAAGUCCCGUCGGAGGCCCUAGCCGAAGCGCUCUCAACAUCCUCGCCUCCAUGUGCAGAGACGGAGUGUUCAUUCCAGGGAUGACUUCAUUGCCACCAGAUUUGGAUUCCUCAGGCUUGGGGCCUGAUAUGUUCGAUCGUAUAGGACCGUACCAUCAGCCGACAACCUCAUCCAACUCUGAGAACACAUUUAGCCCCAGCAUCACGCUUCAGCAUGUGUCUCUUUCUUCAGCGUCCUUGCUCGUGCAGAUACCACGGCCGUACAGCAAGAUGUAUAUCUUGGUACAGUACAAUCAGAGCUUUGUUUCUGAUGUGAUGAAUCUGAAAAACAAAAAGGAGUUGAUAACGCUAAACAAGCUCAUACCAAACACCAACUACACUUUUUGUGUUGCCUCCAUACGCAACUCACAGCGUUUUAACCACACAUGUCUUCACUUUUCUACUCGGACUUCCACCACAAAUAAUUUGCUGCCCACUCCAUCCACUACCACACAUUACAUUAUGACAAUUGUGGGCUGCUUGUUUGGGAUGUUGAUUGUUCUUGGCCUGGUGUAUUACUGUUUAAGGAGGCGUCGAAGGCAGGAAGAGAAAGAGAAAUCAAUUUGUGUAAAAAAGACCAUCCUAGAGAUGCGGUAUGGACCUGAGGUUGCAGCUGCAGCUGCCAAUGAUCCAACAGCAGUGCAGAAACUCCAUGAGCAGGCCCACCACCAGCAUCACCAUGGGAAGCUUCCCAUGUCCUCCUCCAGCUCAGGCAUGCUGGGCCAUGGCCCAGGUAAUACCAGUUCCUCACGUCUCUCCACCAUUCCUCAAGUAGAGAAGCUGGCCACAGCCUUCUCUGAAGCAAUGGCAACCAAGGGCAACUACAUGGACAUUAGGACAUCGGGAGUAGGAGAUGAGAGAGGGAGAGAUGGAAUAAGGCAGACUAUUAGACCAGAAGAUCUAAUGGAGGAAGAUGGAAGUGACCUGGGAGAUGACUCAGACGAAGAUGAUGGUCGAGGGUCAGCAUCAGAGAUCUCUACUAUCGCAAUGGAAGUUGACAAGGUUAACCAGAUCAUUAAUAACUGCAUUGAUGCACUUAAACUCGACUCUGUAGCAGCUGCAGUGUCAACUGCAGCCACAUCAAGCGGAAAUCCCACCUCACCACCCCCUAGUAGCACCUCCUCCAUGUCCAGGGGGCUAAUCCCACUCUCUCCUGGUAUCAGUGAGGCCUGUAAGGUCAAGCCCUCCCCAAAUAUCCCUCCCCCACCACCUCUUCCUCUAACAGCAUCCCUUUCGGAGAGGCCAGGGAUUACAGGAGGAGGUUUCAUAUCACCUCCGUAUCGCCCUCCUCCACCAGCCACAGCAGUGAGACCUAUUCAACGACAGAUGAGUGCUGAUGCAGCUGUCAUCGUCAGCUCUUCUAAAAAGCAUUGUAGCUCUGGGGGAAAAGCUCGAGUGUACAGCCUGGAUGUGCCAGAACCACGGAGUCCUGAUCCCUGCCAGUAUUCUGAGAAGGGUAGCCCAGUCAGGUGCGGAGAACCUUUAGAUAGGCUACCCUUAGUUGGUGGUGGUGUAGGAUGUAACAUGGAUGGAGUCACUGUGGAUGGCGUGAGCCUUCAGCAGCACCUGGAGGUACAUCCAGAUUUCCACUGUGCAGAACAUCGUCACUCGGUCCCUGCUCUUUACUAUGAGGGCACCCAUGACUCCCCUGCACAAAGAGCCUCUUUCCUCAAACCCUUAUCACGUGCCAAGAGAGACGCUGCUUCUUAUUCUCAGCUCUCGCCUCACCAACACAACUACUCUGGGUACUCUUCCAGUCCUGAGUACUCCUCUGAAAGCACGCUGAGAAUCUGGGAGCGCUUCCGUCCGUAUAGAAAGGGUCCACGCGAGGAGUCUUGUUACAUUACAGCUGGAAAUGCACUGCGCAAAAAGGUCCAGUUUGCCAAGGGGGAGGACCUACAUGACAUCCUGGACUACUGGAAGGGUGUGUCUGCGCAGCAAAAGCUGUGAGCUGUGAAGCAGUGUGGAUCAAACGCACCAGGCCUUCUACAGUGCCUGAAUCAUUUCAAGAUCCUCUGUGGAGAUGUAGCCAGAAGGUUGGCUAGUGUGUACAAAGCAAGGUUCAGUUUAUCAAGGGUCUGAGGACAAGUUGUACAGGAUGAGUCAUCUGAGAGUCAGAGGGAGGGAGAGAGUGAGAAUCACAAUACAGCCCACGUCUGUGGUAGCGUUCGUUUAAACCUAAUUUUAGACUCAUAAGGCCAACUUGUAUUUGAUGAAGUUGUUCCAUAGGCCAAUUCAUUUGUAAUAAAAUAAAUGUUGUUGCAUUCAUCUAUGAAUCCAUCGUUUAUACCGAAAGCCUCUGAAUUCUGAGUUCUCAUUCAGCUUCAGAAAGCCUAUGCAUGUGUUCAGUCUCCCACAUUCACCAGCACUACAUUCGUUUCUGAAUUUGUGUGUGUGUGUGUGAGUUCAGAGGCUGUGCUGAUUUUCUAUAAAGCUGCCAAAACCAGACUUUUCAUCUCUUUUCCAGAGCUACCAGAUUUCCAUUUCAAUAGGAUCUCAGUUUAAAAAAAGGGAAAGAUAAAAAAUUAGUACAAAACAUGAAAAAUAAACCAGUAGGAACACCCGAGAGAUCUUCAGCAGUGUCAGGAUCUCUUGCCAGCCACAUUAACAGGAUGAUAUUUAAAUAAAAGAAAUGUAAGUCACAUUCAAGCCAUGAGUGCUGCAAUACCUCCACAGGUGAGGUGGGCCAGCUGGCACAGAAAAACAAUCCAAAGUCUUAUUAAGUAUACAAAAAAAAAAAAUAUUUGUUCUGUUAUUAUAAAUGACAGCCUAAGUUCCCUAACUCCACCUCCAGCCCCUUCAUUUUUGUCCCUUAUUUAAUUAAUGUCCAGUUUAAAAAGGUUAAUUAAUUAGCAAUUAACUAAAUCUGUUUGUGUAGCGUGUGGAAGUGAACAAUCAGGACAUUUAAUUUGAUUAAAAAGGAUCGCUCUGUCCUCUCCAUUCUCGCACCUUGUUUAACCUCCAACCUCGUGCUUCAGUAAGCCAAAAAAUUAGAUUAGUGACACAGAAGGAUUAAUGUAGUCUACUGUAUGUGUAUCACCAGCACUACAGGCGUCAACCAGAAGCAUUUAAUCCACUCAAGUGCUUCAUCCUGAGACAGGAGCUUUAGGGUGUUUUCACAUCAGGGCCCCGGGAUCGUUGCUGAGGACACUCGUCCCCACAGUUCAGCGUAUUCACGGACGGAUAUAAUCAGGUACUGAAGCCAAACGUACCUGAGCAUGAACGGAGAGUAAUAAUUAUAAUGUGAACGCUGGCCAUCGGGGGAGUGGGGAGGGACGAGCAAUCGCUCCUGGGCGAGGUACUAAUCAAUCGUGUCUAAUGUCAAAUUGUCCUUAAAGGUUUAUUAGAUAUCAUUGGUCCUCUAAGAUCCUGCAGAAUAGAUAUGAGACAUGAGCACAGUUUACUAAAUAAGUCAUGUAAGAGAUCAGUGUGAGUUUAUUUCCUCCAUCAUCAGUGACACGGUGUCUGAACUCACACACCUUCAUCACAUGGUCACUGUUCAUCUAACCAUCCAUUUAUGAACUGUGGUCUUUGUUCUGGUUAGGUGUUGCAUCGUGAGCGUGAGAUCUUACCCCUGAGAGUACAUCGGACCACAGGAGUGUCUUCAUUAAACCUCAGUUAAAUCAUGACAGGAGGAGUCAGUAGUAACCACGAGCAGGAUUACAGACGCUGUGUAAAACCUGGCCUUGUGUCUUACGCUGGAACAAAAAGGAAGCAUCGCAACGCCUCGGGUGUGAAUUUGCCUUUAGUGUAAAUACAGCACAUUCAUUUACAUCCAUUCACUCUCACCCAUUCUCUCUCUCUCUCUCUCUUUCACUCUUUCACCCUGGAGUUUAAUACCUGAUGGUUUGGGAUUUAAGAUCCAGUGCUGGAGGCAAGUUCACUCCCAAUGAAAGUUCACACACCUGAAGGACGAGCGAGCGUUGUGGAUAUGAACAGGACUGUAUCUGAGACCAACAAGAGAUUUACGCACACACACACACACGCACAUCAAUCAAAAUGGAGGGACAACCGAAAUAAACCCAUCCGUUGUCCAUCAGCCGUGUAAAGCCUGAGACGGAGCGAGUGGAGGAGGAACCGGACCGGAGGCUUACUGUGACAAACGUCCUGCUCGUCCUCGCUCCGCCUUUAGUUCUGUUUCCUCACUGAGAAACGAACUUCAGUCCGUCCACCUCACACAUGGACAGAUACCGUUCUUUUUUCUGCCUCAUCUCACGAGUCUCUCCUGUACAAUUCUGUUCUCCGUCUCGGGUUUUAAUGCCAGUUUAAUUUCUGAAACGAUUAGUUUUAGGAGGUUUUAUUACAAUAGAGUUAUUAUUUAUAAAGAUCUAUACUAAUAGCUUGUUUUGGUUGUGAGAUGUUCGUCAGUGCU